UUUUUGCACGGAAGAGGAGGGAGAGCCGGAGUCGCUGCCCGAACAUCAACUUUAGUCCUUCAUCCCAUCCCGUCAGUUUGAAUAUUUACGAAUUGAGAAGGAUCCUGUCUGUAUGUUUACGCAUUGAGACUUUGAGAGGAGAAAGAGAGAGAGAGAGAGACAGAGAGAGUUGUGGAGAUGGGCAGCGAGAGAGAGCCUGCAAAACAGCUUCUUCCUUACCUCCAGAGGGCCGAUGAGUUGCAGAAGCACGAACCGCUUGUCGCUUACUACUGUCGGCUGUACGCGAUGGAUUUGGGCAUAAAAAUCCCACAAAAGGAUCGCACCAGUACCACGAAAUCAAUACUCGUCUCCCUCAUGAAUCAGCUCGAGAAGGAUAAGAAAUCGCUAAAACUGAGUCCUGAAGACCAUCUGCAUGUUGAAGGCUUUUCAUUGAAUGUGUUUGGAAAGGCUGACAAGCAAGACCGAGCUGGACGAGCUGACCUGAACACAGCAAAGACUUUCUAUGCAGCUUCCCUAUUUUUUGAGAUACUUGGCCAGUUUGGUGAUCUCCAGCCUGAUAUAGAGCAGAAGAUGAAGUACGCUGCUUGGAAAGCUGCAGAUAUCAGGAAAGCUUUGAAGGAAGGGCGCAAACCUGAACCAGGUCCUCCAGGUGGUGAUAAGGACUUCUUGGUUCCCUCUUCUGACUUCUCAGUUCCUUCAACUGCCACAUCCAUCUCCUCGAUUUCCUCAACUGCUAUAGAUGAACCUGGUGACAUCAAUACCUUUUCUCCGAACCAUGCAAAGCAGGAUACACAGUCCACAUACCCUGAUAACUACAUGCAACCUCCUCCCUCACAUAAGGCACCUUUCCCAUAUCCUACUGCUGAUUACUCAUCGCCAGUUGAUGCAGAUCAAAAUGCAAUGCAGCAAUCCCCUUCAAAAAUGGCAAGGAACUUGUCAUACUCACAACCUUACCAUCAGCCUCCUCCUCAGGAACACUAUGAACCAACACAUGUGCAACAGCACUAUCCCUCUCAUGACAUGGGAACUUACCAAAGUUACCAGUCUUAUCCAAGUUCUAAUGACAACAGAAAUCCAGUAACAUCUACAGCUCAAUAUGCUACUUAUGAUCAGAGUGUUCAUGCAAGCCAUAUGGGUGCACCAUACGUGCAACAGCCUGACCCUCGUGUGCAGGAUUUGCCUCCUAGUAAUCAGUAUAGUCCUGGAAGUAGGAAUGGAGCCUACAGGGAGAAGCCACAGCCUUCUGCAGCAUUCACGUAUGACUGCAACUAUCAGCCACCACCUGAAAAGAUAGCUGAAGCACAUAAGGCAGCUAGAUUUGCUGUGGGUGCUCUAGCAUUCGAUGAUGUCCCUGUUGCAGUUGACUUCCUCCGGAGGUCUCUUGAACUAUUGACCAAUCCAUCUGCAACAAUUCAUGAAUGAAUAUUAUGGUGGCUUUUCGUUAUGUAAAUUCAGAGUUUUGAACAACCGCUUCCCUAAGUGAGGAUUCAAAAGUAUCAUGUUUCAUAAAUUUGUGAAAUGCAAUCAUUUCAUGUUGUACAGAAUCGUUUCCAUCUUGAAAGCUUUAUUAAGGCGAGGGAUUGUGAUGUAUAAAUUUGUAGAACACUUUCAUGUGCAUGUUUUGUCUUGGUUUCUCUGAUUUCAUCUUCACUUAAACGACAGAUGAGAGAGCCUAU